GUAAAUUAAUUGACGUGACAACUGACAGUUAACUGACAUAAAUCAUAAUAUCCGUCAUCGGACAAUAAAUUGUUUUUUUUACAAUUUGCGAAAAAGUGAGGAAAAAAGCAUUAAAAUACUUGACUGUAAGCUAUAAAAAUGUCGACGCCGCCCAGAGAAACAAUACAAAAACAAAUCCAGCAGGACUGGGCGAAUCGGGAGUACAUCGAAGUUAUCACAGGCAGCAUAAAAAAAAUUACGGAUUUCCUCAACUCUUUCGACAUGUCCUGCAGAUCUCGGCUGGCCACAUUAAAUGAGAAACUAACAUCACUAGAGAGGAAAAUUGAUUAUUUGGAAGCCUGUGUGACCAAAGGCGAGACACUGACAUAGAAUAGAGAGUAGUUGAGAAAAUACAUUCCUACACUGUAAUGCUUAUCAUGUGUUUACACUUGGCAUAUUUGUAGCAUGUCUAGCCCUUCAUCUUAGAUCUACCAUAGGCAUGUUGGGACACAGUAAUCAAAUUUUAACUAAAUCUAAACUGAAAAACUAUCCUCAGGUCCAGUAGAUCCUAGGGCAUUUUGUAUCCUAUGAUAAAUUACUUUGAAUUCUUUUCCUUUUUUGUAAACACCUUUUUGGCAUCUUAUUGGUUGGUUUACUGGUGGUAAAUCUCUCAAAUGUUGGAGUCUGGGUACCACCAGCAGCAUUCAGCAGUGUGUAGUCACUGUUGUGUUCCAGUUUGAUGGACAUUGUAGCCAGUGUAACUACUGGACAUAAUAAGACGUAACAGUCUCAGGAUGGCAAGCGCAGUGGAAUAACGAACAAUACUUUGUAAUUGAUGGUAUUGGAUGGAGUUUCUACUGUUUAUAGGCGGUCGUAUCGCUUACCAUCACACGAACGGCAAGUUCAUCUCAACAUUCAAAGCAAUAAACAAAAAAGAAAUAUUCAUAUUGUCAGCUUGUGAUACAAAUACGCCCAUUGUGUAACUGCUAUUAGAUUUUGCGCUUCGAUUCGGUUAAGGGGCUGCAGACUAUGCUAUGUUAGUUUUAAGAAACCAUAUGACUCCAUGUUAUUAUAAUUUAACCUCCUUAUUCAUAGACGUUUUUAUCUAAGGACAGAGCAUUAUUGUAUCUCAAUAUUGGCCAAUCACAACGGCCCUAUGUCUACGCACUACGAAAGCUGUAUUGCCAUCAGCACUGAGAAACAGACUUGUAAUCACAGCUUUGCUCCAUCCUUAGAUAAAAAACGUCUAUGAAUAGGAGCGUAAGUUUAUAACUAUUUUAUAUUAUGAACUGUAUUCGCUAAGGCUGUAUUGGUUGGUAAUGCAUUAGAACUGUGUGACGUAGUUUGACGUCGCAGAUUGGUAUUACUAUCUUGUAUUUAACGAGAGGUUACACUGGACUGUAUAUGGUUAAGUUCAUAUCUGUAAAUUUUUUACAGAGGCAAUUUUUGCCUUGUUGAAAGAGAAACAUGAACUAAUUUUCAUUGCAAUGUUGGCUUUUAUAUGCUUUUGUCAACUGUUAUUAUUUAUAACAUACUAUAUCUUUUAAAACAUAAUUUUGAAUCAAUUCUGUUGCAAAUUAGUGUGAAGGCACAAGUAUUAGUUAUAUUAUAAAUAUUCAAGCAUCUUUGUCAACAAAUUCUCUGAUAGUGAAAACUCAUCAAAACAUUCAAAAUCCGUCAAGUAGCUUAGAUGAUAACUAAUGAACUCAAUCAAUGCUUUUAGGAAUAAGAAAAUAUAUUGAUUACAUUGAUAAUUAAAAAUUUUUAUUUGUAAGCCCAUAAAGUAGGAUAAAAUAAAAUUUUGCAUGUGUGCAACAACAACAAUAAGUAUUUAUUUAUGAUCAUUUCAUUUUUAUACGUUUAUAUAAUAUAUACCUAGUUAUAGACGUUUAUUGUACAGUAAUUAAAUGUUAGUAUUCUUCAAAA